AUGUCUCUAGAUCCAAAUGCAAAUAGCUUUAUGCCAUCUUACCCUACAAAUUCAUCGCUUACCAAUGCCAAUGUUAUACGCAGCAAUGAAACUGAAAUUAAUGUACAGCCAACCCAUUCUGAUAACUUCCGCUCCAUGCAAAAUACCACUCGUGACUUGCAGUCAACAAAUAAUUUGUACAAUCAAGGCUUUUCUUCGGUGUCAAAUAGCAGUCAAAACCACAGAUUACCUAAACUAGAUUUACCGCACUUUGAUGGGGAAAUUUUACAAUGGCAAACCUUUUGGGAUUCCUAUGAAUCAACUAUUCAUUUCAACAGUACUUUGACUGAGAUACAGAAAUUUAGUUACUUGAAGGCCCAACUCCAUGGCCAUGCCGCCCAAACUAUUGAAGGUUUCGCAUUGACAAAUGUCAAUUACACCACUGCCGUUAAUUUGCUCAAAGAUCGUUUUGGAUCGCCUCACAAGAUUAUUCAUGCCUACAUGAAAGCUUUAAUGGAUCUUCCUUCACCGUCAAAUGAUUUAAACAGCCUAAGAAGGUACGGAGACCACCUAGAAACGUACGUAAGAGGUCUUGAAUGUUUGGGUCAAACACAAGAAAUGUAUGGCGCGCUAUUAGUACCUAUAAUUAUUAGUAAACUACCAGUAGAAACGAGAAAAAGUAUUGCCCGUGAAUAUGAUAGCGAUCAUAUAACUCUUAACAACCUCAGAAAAGCCAUCACGAAAGAAGCGAGAAUUCUUGAAGCAGGACAAUUUACCGACCGCGACAGUUUACAUACUACCGCAACAUUUCUGACCGAAGCUCGUAAUAAAACACAGCGAAAUUUCAAUACAAACAAUCCACGUUUUAAUGACAAAAAACGUCCAUGCAUCUACUGCACUGGUAUACAUUUUCCGGGAGAUUGCACGAUAAUUUCUGACGUGAAUGAAAGACUGAAAAUCGUAAAGCAAAAGAAAAAAUGUUUCAACUGUCUAGGAAACCACGGUGUUUCCGAGUGUAAAUCACUUAACCGAUGUAAGAAAUGCAACAAGAAACAUCACACCAGUAUUUGCGGGGAACAAGCUACAGAUGGAAAAGAACAGGAGAGCAAGGAGAAAUCAACCGUUGUAGGCUUGGUAAAAACAGAAGAACCAGACACCGCAGUAAUGUAUACUUCACAACACACUAGCGUUUUAUUGAAAACAGCUAUCGCACCAAUAGCAUACGGGAAACAGAUCACAGAAGCUAGUAUUUUAUUUGACGAAGGUGCCCAACGGUCAUUCAUCACUCAGGGCAUAGCAGACAAAUUACAGAUAAGACCAAGCGGAAGGGACACAAUUGAACUGUCAGCUUUUGGAGACAAGGAGAAGAAUAUACGCCAUUUGGAUACAGCAACUGUUCAACUACAAACAGACAAAUGUGAGAUUGUAAACAUAAAUGCAUUGAUUGUUCCAGAUAUUGCAGUCCCACUUCAAAACCAGACGAAAUACUUUACACGCAAUUUGCCAUACUUGAAAAAUUUAAAGCUCGCACAUCCGGCAAAUAACGCUGAUAGCUUUGAAAUUUCACUCUUGAUAGGAGCCGAUUACUAUUUGGAUAUAGUUCAAGAUCACGUGAUAAGAGGGAAUGGACCUACAGCCGUAGCAUCAAAAAUUGGUUACUUGUUAUCUGGACCAGUAAUAAGAAACGGAGAGAAAUCCUUAACUUCAUCAGUUCUUUUGAAUGUUACUUCACAUCAUGCAGAGGAAAGCGACAUCGAGAAAUUCUGGAAUCUAGAAUCGUUAGGAAUACGUUUACCACAACAGGACGACGAGGAGAGUUUUGUAAAGACUUAUCAACAUGACUGUAUCAAAUUUGAAAACGAACGUUAUUCUGCCAAGUUGCCAUGGAAACUGGAUCAUCCGCAUUUACCUUCCAACAUCAUGAUCGCUAAAGCAAGGACCGAAAGCACAAUUAGAAGACUAAGUCGUGAACCACAUUUACUACGAAAAUAUUCAGAAAUUAUUGAAGACCAAAUGAAGAGAGGGUUCAUAGAGAAGGUAAACGACGAGAACGACAAUGGUAAAAGCACUCACUAUAUACCACAUCAUGCCGUAAAAAAAGAUUCGACAACAACACCAAUUCGUAUAGUGUACGACUGUAGCUGUAAAAAGUCGCCAGAUCACGCAAGUUUGAAUGACUGCCUAAUGUCAACCCCGCCAGAUUUGAACGACUUGACAAAAAUAUUAAUGGGAUUUAGAACCAAGAAGUACGCAAUAAGCACGGACAUUGAAAAGGCUUUCCUACAUAUUGGAUUAGAUGAGAAAGAUCGAGAUUUUACACGCUUUUUUUGGUUGAGCGACACAGAUAAUCCCAGCAGUACUCUUACAACAUAUCGAUUUAAAUCUAUUUUGUUUGGUGCAACAAGUUCACCGUUCAUCCUAAAUGCAACACUGCUUAAACACUUGGAUGCAUGCAACACAAAUAUCUCAGCAAUGAUGAAGAAUGACCUUUACGUGGAUAACAUUUUGUCCAGUUUGGAAAAUGAAGAUGACGCCGAAAAGUAUUUUGUACAAGCCAGAUCAUUGAUGUCGGAGGCUGGAUUCAACCUUCGUUCAUGGAGUUCAAAUUGCUCAAAACUUACAGAUUUAGCCAAAAAACAUAACGUAUGUGAAAAAGAAACUUUUGUCAAAAUACUUGGACUGAAAUGGGACACAGUUAAAGAUACGAUAACUUUUCAAAAAGUCGACUUAUUUGAUAUUGAACUACCUAAUGUUACGAAACGUGAAAUUCUUAAACAGUCUUCACGUAUUUACGAUCCCCUAGGAUUACUUAGCCCUGUAUCCGUACGAGCAAAAAUCUUAAUGCAGACAUUGUGGGAACAGCAGUAUGGAUGGGAUGAGCCACUACCAUUAGAAAUACAGACAACAUGGGAAAAUUUAGCCAAAGAUUUGGAGAAAACGACUUACACAGAAUUGAAAAGACCGUAUUUUCCCAAUUUACCAGAUCAGAAAACCCAACUUCACGUUUUUGUAGACGCUAGUACAACUGCAUACGGAGCAACUGUUUACAUAUGUAACCAUCAUGAGUCAUCAUUAGUUAUUGCAAAGAAUAGAGUAGCACCGCUUAAGCAAUUGACAUUACCACAGCUGGAAUUAAUGGCCGCAUUGAUUGGAGCACGACUAGCCGAUCACGUAAAAUCAGUUCUACACAUAGAAGACAUAACUUUUUGGUCAGACAGUCAGAUAGUGCUACAGUGGUUAUCAACUUCAAAGCAAUUGAAAAGGUUCAUACGAAAUAGAGUAACGGAAAUACGCAAAUUGACCAAUACACAAGAAUGGAGAUAUUGCCCAACGAAAGAUAAUCCAGCUGACCUUCUUACUAGAGGACUCAGCGCGUCACAGUUUGAAAAGAACACACUAUGGUUCAACGGACCCGAAUGGAUCACUGAUGCAUCAAAAUGGCCGUUAUGGAAGCCAAAUGACACAACAGUACUACUAACCAGUACAGAUAUAGAAGACUCAAGUACAGCGGACAAUGAAAUAGAUAAUCAACAAGGAAUACACCAAAUUGUGUAA